AAACCUCACGAAGGCAAAUCCAGGGGGACGAUCUUCCACAAUUUUCGUCUGCUUUCGUACCCGGCGCGGAAUAAGCGCGAACGCGAACCUAGAAAACCGCCGACAUCGCAUCGAGCAUGCUGCUGGUGGCUCGAUCGUCUUUCGCAAAGAGACAGCAACGCCGGCAGCAGCAGCAAACCAGUAACAGCAGUAAGGCAACACCGGAGAGUCAACCGCAUCGAUCGGGGAAUAGCUCUGAAGGAAGUGCUCUGGCUGGUCCGAUCGCGCGCCCGGCGUACUCCACUAUUUCAUUUGCACGAAAGUUAUAUUGCGUACGGAAUAGAUGCGGAGGAAUCAUUUCGCUUCCGUCUAUCGAGUAGAGUGGUCGUGUUUUGUCCAGGGAUCCCUCCUCGGAGUUUGUGUCAGAACGAUUUCGUUGCUAUCCCACCUCGGAACCAUCAUUCAGUGAAACGGUACCCGAUUACGGCUAAACUUUCCUAAAUAGUCAAUUGAUGUGUGAGGAAAAGUUUAAAUGAUUGCUAAAUUGUUCAAACGAGCGUCGGUUUGAGUGUAGGCAAUUCAUUGUUGGCUGCUUUUUGGUGUUCUAUCCGAAUCGUUAGAAUUACACGAAAGGAGAAAAUAAUUGCAGUUGAAGCGCGAUCGUCAGAAAGCACACAUGAAGUUAUAGAAACCAAUAAAAAACCAAGAGUUGGAAGUUUGCCGAAAUUUCCAUUACUCCGUGCAAAAAAAAAAUCGAUCCAGUUGAAACUUCUUAAGAGCUACAGCAACAGUUGUACGGUAUUGGCUCUCGCCACAAAGGUAUCUCCAGAAUCCACCUGAAUCCGUUCAUGUGUGUAGUGAUUGUUUUUUUUUCUUCGUGGGUUAAUGCUAUGUGAGUGAUUGCUUUUCGCUUUUUUUGUAAGAUAAUAAACUUAAAGUGUGCGCAAAAGUGUACGUUUUGCAGAAGAUACAGUUCAUGUGUGGUAUUUAUGUAAUUUGUCUUGAUAAAUCUUGAAUGUUGUCGGAGUUGCCGUUCUAAAGCUGCUUGGCCGGAUUCAACGUCCUAGAAUAACCGAGAGAAGAAUUGACCGAUUGUGUGUGAACCUGGGCGAACACGGUGAGGCGUGAGAUCGCGAGAAGCUGAUAAUUUCCGUAUCAACUGACAGGAGUUGUACCGGUCCACUGGCGUGUGAUUGCUUCGCUGCUUGCAAAUCGCACAAAUCCUAGAGAAAAAAAGGUAUCUCAUCCAACAGAUCGAUCUAAUGUCGAAUUCGUUUAUUCCCGACGGUGCACUGCACCGGUGUAGCAAUUGACACCGGAAAAACGAACGGUUUCGGUGCAAUUUGUUGACAGCUUAUGAUGGUAUUAGUAAGAGCGCGUGAGAGCGUCAAUGAAAACAGUAAAGGAUAUCAAAAAUAAACAUAACCAUAGGCAUAAUCAAUGUUUUCAUGAUUUCCGUGGUGAACAAAAUUAUUUUUAUUUAUUUUUAUUUUUUACUUUCUAUAUCCAAUUUAACAAUUUUAAAAGUUUUCAGUAAUCCCCUUGUACAUGAUAAACUUGUAAUAAUAAAUGUUACUUGAAAAUUGUUAUCCAAUGUUUUAACACUCCUACAUUAUUUAUCUUCUUCAAAUUCUCGUAAUAUCAUAUUUUUUCAAUUAAAAGCAACUUUUAAGAAUUUAACAAUUUCCGUUGUCUAAUAAAAAAGGAUGCUAACAUACAAUUCUAAACGAUCUACGUGCACAAAUUUAACACAAAAAAUGUUGAAGGCAGUUCAAUAGAAAACGUUUAGCUACAACGUAAAAAGAAAAAAAUAAAUAAAUGCUUUUUAGAACAACGUUAUUGAAACGCAACUCAUAUUAAAAACGCUUUAACCAUGCUUUAGUGACAUUUGUUUGACUUUCAAUGUAAUUCAAAAAUUCAAUAUUUGUAGUAAGAAAAAAAAAAAUACAAUUAACGGAUUUUGAAACUGUUUGUAACUACAAAAUGUUACUUCAGUAAUAUUUCAGUCCAAUUUGAAUAAAUAGAUUUUUAUUCUAUUCUGGGCUCAUCAAAACUUUAUUACGUCAUUUUUUUUUUUCAUAAUUAGUAGAUCACCAUGUGACAGAAAAUUCUAAUGUUUAAAAUCAUUAAAAGUAAUCCACAUAUUUGCGAUAAUCAAAAAAAAAUGUAAUGGGAAAAUAUACGUUGAAUCAACUCUUUGAAAUUUCAUGUUACCGAUAAUUUUUGAAGAUUCCUCAGAAGUUGAUUGAAAGACGUGAUAAUCAUCGAUCAAGUUUAAAUAAUUUUUAAACGGACAGAUUUGCUGUUUAAUGAAUAUCCAAGAAAACUGUUUAUCUAAUGCCGAAGAGAAUAUCAUCAUUCUUACCAAAACAAAACCACGAUACAAGUUCAGCGAUAUGCAUGUAUUGGUAAAACUAGCUUUGUACCUGCUACACCGCGCUCAAACUAGGUGUAGCAUUUUCUUGCACCGGUGCCAAUCGGGUGUCAAAACAGAACAGUACCUGCGAAUAAACGAACGGUUUCGGUGCAAGUUUGCUACACCCGGUGGCAAAGCGGUGCAGGCGGUGCAAAUAAACGAAUUCGACAUAAAAUUGUACUUGCACCGUAAAAUGUAACCUAUCAUCCUUACAAAACGCGCGGAGUCCAAGCAAAUUACGAAACAAUUUACUCUGCCGCGAAAACACAUCACCCAGGUAACGAUCGCUACCACAAAGUUGCAUUCAUCAGGGCAUUGUUUCACUGAUGCACUCUGCACAUGGUAUCGCAUGCAGAGCAUAAAGUGUGGUUCUUGCAGUUAUAAUCAAGCGCCGAUUUCGAAAUUCAAUAAUUCAGCUGACCUUGAUAUUGCUGGUUUGGAUUCACCUUCCCCGUCUGCGUCUUCGGCGGCGGGCGCAGCGAGCAGUAGUGGCCUAGCGAUUUUCCAUUUCACUAGGCACAACGCCUGUGGUCAGACGGUGCGGUGGUCGAUUGUUCACUGGUCGGCUGCUUUUUCGGACCGCAGCGGGAGAGAUAUUCACCAGCGAUGCCAAGGGGCGGAAGCAAGCAAAAAGAAUGCAAUGCGGUGUGGAGAGGACGAGGGAAGGUUGAUAUGCCGGGAAUGGAACCUGAUGCCCACCAGCAGCAUAACUGCGGUGGUAACCAUAAUCGAAACCAUGGAUCCAGCCGACCGAGUGAUUUUUAUGCGUUUUCAAUCAGUUCAUCACCGGCUCAAUUGAAGUCCAUAGUAGAUCAUGUUUAAUGAAUCUUUUGAAAUUUAGAAGCGAAAAAGUAUAAUUGGAUGGCUAAAUAUCUGUUAUUUUUUAUUAUUCCGGCAAACAUUGUCGUUUUACAAAUUGGCAUAAAAUAGUAGAAAAAAAAAAGCGAAUUGCUCACUUUGGAUAAAAUUAGUUGUCUGGUUCAAUGUGUAAAAUAAGCAGGCCGGAUUACGGAUUGUGGGGGCCCGGGAUCGGAACAGUUUCGGAAGCCUCUUCGGAGAGAUGAGCAAAAAAGUUUUUCCAUGUUUUUGAACAAAACUUGAGCAAAUUGGAAAACAAAGUUAAUGUGUAUCAACCACAAAUGGUUUUGUGGGGGCCCCUAAAAUGUGGGACCCAGGGCCUAGCCCCCGUCUACCCCUUGGAUCCGGCUCUGUACAUAAGUAGGGUAAGUGUUCCAAUUAUGGAUAAAGUACCAAUUAUUCGCCAUAGUUGAUGUAAAUCAACAAGAAAAAAAAUGUGAACAACAGAUCCCGUUAACUCAUUUAAACGCGUUUGGUACCCACUUUCUGGUCGGUUUACCCUAACUUGCUCGUGAUUUUCGGGUGUGUGGCUCGUGUGUUGCUAGUACUUAUUUCGGAAAUUCAACAUCGCACAUUUCAAACGAAAUUGUUGUUCUGGGGCAGCUCAACAACAUUCCAUCAUUUCACAUUAUGUAUGACAGCAAUGAUUCUGAUGCUGCCAACACUGAUCAUGUAGAUGUAGAUUUAAAUGAAGCUUAAUAUCUCAGGUUUGGUGUGAGAUAGAUUAUUCAAAUGUUUAACAAAGUAAUAGUGUAUCUCAUGUUCAUUGAGAUAUAGUAAUAUUUCAGAUGCUGGCUGCGUUAACCCUAUUUGCAUUAUACUUCCAUGUUUGCUGAGUUAACUGCCUGGCGCCUAACCCGUAGAAGACGCAAGCAAUCGUCUUUAGCAAGGCGGGUGUUGUUGUACCGCGAAUCGAUAUAACAUUCGGUGGGCAAAUUGUACCGUUGUCCAACGAAGUCACGAAUCUAGGCCUCAAACUUGACCAUAACCUCUCGUGGUCGCAACAAGUGAAUGAUGUUAUUCUUAAAGUGUUCAAUGUCCUUCGCACUUUUCGUAGGUUUGCCUCUGUGCUCUCCAUGCAGACACGACGUAAAUUGGUUCAGGCAGUUGUAAUGCCUAUCUUCCCAUACGCGGAUGUCGUGUACUAUCCGGGACUCUCAGCGGCGCAUCGCUGCUUCAAAUCUGCCGUACGUUUUGUAUAUGGUCUCCGGCGGCGUGAAUCAACUGAAACUCUGCGAAGCUCCAUUCUUGGUGUCGACCUGCCAUCAAACUAUCGACUGAGAAUUUGCUGCUUCAUGAGGCAAGCAUACUAUGGAGAACUACCUAGCUAUAUCCAACAUCAUCUACAGCGAGGACAGAUGCAGAGAGCUCGCGGUUUCAUCAUCCCAAGACAUACAACCUCGAGCGGGAAGAGUAUACUGGUUUACAGACUCACCUGCUGGAACGGCUUACCUAAUGAUGCCAAGCUGAAACCAACAUUAGCCACUUUUAAAGCAUUAGUUAGAAAUCUUGUUAAGUAUUUUGUUCAGUAUAGUCCUGCUUAAAAUUCCAUUACUUCAUUUGUUUAGUUGUUUUUUUUUCUGUACGUUGUGGCUUUAUUCUUUCCUACAUGUAAUUUUCCUUAAAUCAGAUUCCUUGACCUAAGAUAAAGUAUUGUAUGUACUAAUAGGUUACCGUUACGAAUAAACAAACAUACAUAAUACUUUCCUAUUCACAUGGUACUGUUGUGCUAAUGAGGACAGUGCUCUGAUCAUGCAUUGAUUUGAAUAAAGCUCAACGGGUCGCAUGAAUAAAAAGUAUUCAAUUUCAGUUCUGUAAAUUUCAAUUAGAAGGCACGAAAUGUUGCUAAUUGACAAAUUAAGAGAUGAAAUUUGUGAAAUAAUUCCGAUCUGGUAGGAUUUGAACCCACGACUCCGUAUUCGCUAGACCGGCGCUUUAAUCAACUAAGCCACAGAACAGGUAAUGAUUCUGCGGAAUAGAAAGCCAAACUGACUUCGAAGCCACACCGUGAACACUUCUUUUUCACAAACUCAUCUCUCUUUUGGCUUAAAUUCCAAUCAACAACACACCAGCAAAACAAACUGCUUAUUGGCUAGGUAUGCGGAGUGCGAGAGUUGGCUUCAUCUGAUGUAAGAAUGCGAAAACUUUUUUCGCAGAUUUGGAGGUCGAAAUGGAACAAAGUUGCAAAACUUGAUACGAAAACCUAUUUACCUAUUUACUGAAAUUGUGAGUGACUCGUGGAAAUGGUGUGCACGUAAACGACACUGUAGCGACGCAAAUCGUCAAAAUCUAAGUCACUUUCUAAGUACAAAUCACUAAACACCGCGAUCCGCGUAAUUGAUCGAAAGUCACGACGAGUAAUUGUGGGCAUCCGCGAAGACAAAUCAAAUAAUUACCGCAAAUUAGUGAAAUUGUUAUCCUCCUCGGAACAAAGAGCACCAUAUUUGAGCCGCCAACAAUUGUAUCGUUACACUUUUUUUUAUCGUGGUUUGUUCAUUCUUAAAUCAGCGAUUUCAGACUCCCCCCCCUCCCCCAUGUAACGCUUUUUGUAUGAAAACCAAAAAUAUUUUGUAUGGUUCGUAACGCUGAGCUAGACUCCCCCUCUCCCCCUAUAGCGUUACGUUAUUUGUGUACGAUGCCUUAAUCGCUAUGAUCGUAAAAUAUCCUCAUGGCUAGUGGUUCUACCAGAAAUGCCUCGACGAAUUGGUGCUUGCCAGGAAUCGUUAUGAAAAGUGCUCUCGUCAAAAAUAAACUUUCUGUUUGUAGUGUCAAUAGCCAAAGUAUUUGUGCUCGCAAGUUCAGUAAAUUAGACGAAUUGCGUCAGAUAGCCCUAUCUAGUUCCGUCGAUAUAAUCUGUGUAACUGAGAGCUGGUUAAAUGAUAAGAUCACGGAUUCGUUGCUAACGAUUGAAGGUUACAAGAUUAUCAGGCAUGAUAGGAAAGGACGAUUAGGGGGCGGUGUUCUACUAUUUAUUAAAGAUGAAAUCCAUUUCCAACUUUUAGAAAAAUCGCAAGACCAGCCUGGUUUACAAGUUUCUGAAUACGUGGCAGUCGAAAUUGCCAUAGGUUCCGAAAAAAUAUGCCUUGUUGCUAUGUACAACCCACCGAAUGUUAACUGUGCUACUUCCGUUGAUAAGGUAUUAUCCGACUAUGGUACGCGAUACAACGACAUAUUUUUUGCUGGUGACUUUAACACAAAUCUGUUGAAUCUUGGCUCAAUACGAACUAGAGAAUUUCUUUCAAUGUUGGCCAUUCAUAAUGUGUACAGUAUUGGCUCUGCACCGACGUUUUUCCAUAAAGAUGGAUCAUCUCAACUCGAUCUCAUGCUGACUAGUUCGGAGUUCCGAGUUCUUAGGUUCAAUCAAAUUGAUGUUCCCGCUUUUUCAAAUCAUGAUACGAUAUUUGCUUCACUCGAUUUUGACAGAAUAAGUACACCGAAGAAAAUUGAAUACCGUGAUUACCAUUCUAUGGAUGUCGACGGAUUAGUGACUGCUUUUAGUGCUCUGGAUUGGUCAAACUUUUACCGCUCAAAUGAUUCGAAUUUUCUUCUUAAUUUUUUCAACUCAAACUUGUUAGAAUUACAUGAAAGGUAUGUUCCUAUCCGUUCAUUUGUUUUGGGUAGAAACAAAAAUGCUUGGUUCAACGACGCCAUAAGCAAAGCCAUCGUGGAUCGCGAUCUUGCAUAUAAAAGAUGGAAAAGCACAAAAAAUCCGACUGAUUUAAACUUUUUUAAAACGCUUCGCAAUCAGGUUACUAUGAAGGUUCGAAGGUUUGAAACAAAGCUUGAUCUGCCCUCCAAAGAACUGUGGAAGAGAAUAAAAAAUAUUGGUUUAGCAAAAGAAUCCAAACCUUCUACAAUUCGGUUCAAUUCGGAUGAAAUUAAUGAAAAUUUUGCGAAUAACUUCACAGAAAGUAAUUUUACAUCGUAGACUACUUUUUAUCUAAACGAACAGAAUACGAAUGAUCCAUUCUACUUUGAUCAAAUUAAUGAAAUUGAUAUCGUAAAUGCCCUAUACCAAACUAAAUCCAAUGCUACUGGAUUAGAUGAACUACCUAUUAAAUUUUUAAAAUCAAUCAACCCAUUGAUACUUAAGCCAAUAACGCAUCUUUUUAAUUGCAUCAUCGCCACUAGUGUUUUUCCUGAUGAAUGGAAGAGAGCUAAAAUAUUACCGAUCAAGAAAAAAACAAACGUUGAUACUCUACUAAAUUUACGCCCUAUAAGUAUACUUUCCGCACUAUCUAAGGUGUUUGAACGAAUUAUUAAGGAGCAAGUUUGUGAUCAUUUAAACCGAGAGAAACUACUGAUUUCUUAUCAAUCUGGUUAUCGUGCUAAGCACAGCAGAAAAACGGCAAUGCUGAAGGUUUUUGAUGAUAUCGGCCUUGUUAUGGAUAAUGGCAGACCGGUUGUUUUGCUGCUCCUCGAUUUCUUAAAAGCCUUUGCUACGAUUUCACAUCGAGUACUGUGUUGUAAGCUUACUGAAUGUUUUGGUUUCUCCACUCAUGCAAUGAAUCUUAUAAAAUCAUAUCUUGUUGGGCGUACACAAACGGUUUUGAAUGAUGGAAUCUUUUCCAGAUACCUCCCAAUUUCAUCUGGAGUGCCUCAAGGCUCUAUUUUGGGACCAAUUAUUUUUUCCAUGUACAUAAACGAUCUUCCUAAAGUUUUAAGGCAUUGUAAAAUUCACAUUUUUGCUGACGAUGUUCAGUUAUACUUUGAAUGUGUUAACGAUUCUUCCGUACAAUUUCAGGAAAAAUCAAUGAAGAUCUCGCCAGUAUUUCUGCAUGGUCCAUAAGAAACAAACUUUUAUUGAAUGCUAGUAAAACCUGCGCAGUGUUUUUGAGCCAUUCACAUUCCAACAGUAUACUUAAACCAGUACUUAAAUUAAAUAACACUGAAAUCGACUUUGUUCGGUUUGUUUUUUAGCUUAGAUAGAUAUACCAGUGUUUCCCAUCUUCAACAUCGGUUGUUAGGAUGUCCUUUCGACAAAUUCGCACCGUUAAGAUGUUGCUUGUUUUUGUUUAAACUUGCGAAAUCAAAAUCUCCUGGUUAUUUACAUGAAAAACUAAAGCCACUUCGAAGUUCCCGGGCCAAAAAAUACGCAAUCCCACGUCAUAAUACUUCAUUGUACGGUAAUUCCUUUUUCGUGAGAGGCAUUUCCUAUUGGAAUUCACUUCCUAAUGAAAUCACCCUAUUGGAUACAUUUUUAGCUUUUAAAAGGAAAUGUAUGGAGCACUUCAACGAUUAGUUUAAUUGUAUUACGAUAGAUAUAGUAAUCAGUUAAAGUUUUUGAAUUUAUAAAUUGAACUUCUAAUGAAACGAUACACCUUUCUACAACAAGAAACAACAUGUAACAAUUAAAAAAGACAUCAAGUCUUACUGUUGCAAAUAAAGAAUCAAAUAAAUAAAUAAAAAAAA